AAAGGACGGCAACUCUCAGCGAGGCCGAAUGAUGUAGCAUCGUGGUAUGACGUCCUUCUUAUCAGAUAGACACGACGACGGACACUGCACAGGGCAUCUCUGAGCCGCGGUCUGCAGAAGAAGAACAGAAUCUCUCGCAGUGUCAUGCCGGACACCGGAAACACUGAGUUUUCAUCACACGGCUAUUGGUUGCAGCGUUGGACCACGAAAGACUCGCCUUGGACUCGAAAUGGAAUUCAUGGACUCCUUCGAGAAAACGCUGCCGCUGUCCUAGAUGGCAAGCGUGAGGGAAGCGUGUUCCUUCCCAUGUGCGGAAAUGCUGGCGAACUCAAGUGGUUCUACGACCAAGGCUUUCGUGUGGUGGGUGUCGAGUUUCUGGAGACGGUGGCUCGGAGCUUCUUUGCCAACCACAACAUGGCGGCUCUAGAAGGCCGCUCUGCCGUAAACGGCUGCAAGAUCCUUUACACGCCCGACUUAAGGUUGAGCAUCUACAUCUGUGACCUGUACACCUUCAACAAGGACUGCGAAGGCACCAUGGAUAUCGUGUGGGACCGCGGCGGUUUGGUGUCUAUCAAGGAGGAGGAUAGAAAGAGGUACGUCACUCUUCUGAAGUCUCUCCUGGCGCACAAUUUUUCCUACGCUUUGUACGCCACCGAGUACGAAGACACUGCGUUCGAAGGCUUCCCACGGAGUGUGUCGCUUCCCGUGAUCCAGGAGCUCUAUGGGGACGACUACGAGAUCACAAGAAUGGGUAUCACCUUCGUUGAGCGCUCCUAUGUGAGAUCGAAACUGAUCAAGGAAACGCUGUGGCACCUCAAGAAACCUUGCACUCAAGGCUAGUUGUUUGGCCACGUAAACGAAACGGCGUUGAAAACUCGUAGACAUACCAUCUCAAAAAUAAAAUCUUUUUCACUUGUUUGUAGACAAACUGCGGGUAACAAAGGUAAUUAUUUAUAUGUGUAUUUUAGUUCACUGUUAUCUUAUCUUUUAUCACAUGGAGCCCUGAUACAACCCUGAAUAGCAUUUCGGGGUCCUGCCUAUGUUCAGCUAUGAUUUUAUUAUAUGUAUAGAUGAAAUAAUAAGUUAAUUGACUGAUUCUUUGACAGGUUGUUAUGAACAGCCAGUUGUCUUGCAACCUUGCCAUACUAGCAGCUGCGGCACUCUUGGCGGCUGCUAAGCGCGCUGUACCAACUGACCACGAAUAUAGUGAGGUCGCGGAGAGCCUGCGAAUAUCGUUGCCCUGGGCUCUUGUGAAAUUCAUGGCGGUGUUAGAUUUUCUGAAAUGAAUGCAACGACAGGAUUGACGAACGACACCCCAAAAUAAAUCAACAUAAUAUUUUCUUGGAACAUUUUGACUGCGAAAACAUUUUUAGGGCGACUCAACGAGAAAACUGCGCGUCCCCGCGUCCACUCCCUGUCGCGUACGACGAAGCCCUAUAAACAAGUAAAUAUCUAAAGCACAAUCAGU